CAACCUUCACGAUAGCGUGCGUCAGUGCAGCAGUCUUGUGCUCGCCAUCUUGACGCAGCUCAAUGCGCGAACUGUCGUUGACCUGAACAGUGUUCGGCAUCAUCGAAAAUAUCCUGCCUGCACUUUCUGUUCUGAUUCCUGCACUUCAGCAUGUCUUUAUUUGGUUCCUCUCCCACGGAGAGUGCUCCAUUGAAUUCCAAGACGCUUUUCGGCGAUGAACCUGCUCAGCCUCCGACUUCGUCCUCACUCUUUGCGGAUGCAGGCGGUGAUUCGCCAUGGUCGAUGCCAACGCCUAAGAGGAAUGCGCGCCAGAAUUUGGUUAAGAACCUUCUCCCUGCCACAGACGUUCCCGAAAACUACGUGGAUGCAUACGACACCGUCCUCAAUGUGACUGAGAGAACUGGAGUUGGCAUCGGUGUGGCUGCAGUGAAGAGUAUACUGCAAAGCAGCAAUUUAAGCGAGCAAGAACAACACAAGAUCCUGAGCUUUGUAAUACCGGGCGGACAGGAGAGUGCGAACGGUGUUGGCAGGAGCGAGUUCAAUGUAUUGCUUGCGCUGAUCGGACUGGGUCAAGAGGGCGAAGACAUCACGCUUGACGGUGUUGACGAACGAAGGCGGAAACUACCUGAGCCCAAGGUAGGCUACAUAGACCAAUUACGAUCCAACGCUCGUCCGCAACCGAUUCCUGCUACGGAAGCAAAACCCACCCCGGCAAGGCCUCAGCAGCCUCGAAACGAAUCCUUCGGUACAGACCCGACAUCAGAUCCCUGGGCAAGUCCGUCAAACAACAAAUUACCACCUCCGUCGACGGCGGCACACACAAUGCCAACCAAUGGUCUAUCCGAACCCAGCCUUAAGACCGCCCCUAACGGUAUAGGAAGGACAACAAGUGCCUUCACUACGAGAGGGGAUCAGGAGAGUCCUGGUGCUGGUUCGCCAAAUGAUACGAUUUCCAGUGGUGCCGUCGGAGGCUGGAAUAGCUACAACGGAAGUACGGCAGGCUUCUCAGAGCAGCCAACACUUGGGGGUGGCUUUGGCGAUGCAGGCGAUGAUCAACAGCCCGGCCGAUCUGCUCCCAACAAUCAGACGUCCGUGGGCCGGAGUAUCGUUCUACCUUCCGGCACCGGCGAACAGGUCACGGUAAGCAUGCUCCCAGACAAAGAGGGCGUGUUCCUGUUUCAACACCGCAACUACGAAGUCAAAACACUCCGGCGGGGAAGCAGUGUUGUCAGGCGGUACAGCGACUUUGUUUGGCUACUUGAUUGUUUGCAAAAGCGAUAUCCUUUCCGACGUUUGCCGCUGUUACCGCCAAAGCGAGUUCAAGUAAACGGGACACACCUUUCGGGCGACACACACGUCUUCCUCGAGAAGCGAAGAAGGGGCCUCAUUCGGUUCACGAACGCUCUAGUCCAACAUCCUAUCCUGAGUCAAGAAACCUUGGUAGUGAUGUUCUUGACUGUCCCUACCGAGCAGGAAUUGGCCGUGUGGCGGAAGCAGGCCACGAUAUCAGUACAAGAAGAGUUCACUGGCAAGGCGCUACCUCCUGCACUUGAGGACAGUCUGCCUGCCAAUCUACACGAUCUAUUCGAGCAAGUCCGCGCUGGCGUGAGACGGUCAGCAGAGUUAUACAUCAAUCUCUGCAUCAUUUCGGAACGGCUAGUCAAGCGCAAUGAAGGGCUCGCCGCGGAGAACGCGAAAUUCAGUACUACGUUGAUGCAUCUUACCGAAAGCUCGAAUGACACCUAUGCCAUCGAUACAAAUGACGUACCUCUGCUGAACGAGGGCAUAACUGCAAGCGCCAAACAUCUAUCGACACAUCAGACGUUAUUAGACGACGAAACAAAAGCCUGGGACACGGGCUUCCUUGAAGAUCUGAAAGCGGUCCGUGACAGUUUUGUGUCGAUGCGAGACAUGUUCGACCGAAGAGAUCGGUAUGCACGGGACAAUAUACCUCAGCUCGAGAGGCGAAUCGAAAACUCGGAGCACAAAUUACAACAACUGCGACAGAAACCACCCGGGCAAGUCAAAGCCGGAGAGAUGGAGAAAGUCGAGAGCAGUAUCAUGUCGGAUAAAGAAAGCAUUGUUCAACAACAUGCUCGUGGAGUGUUCAUCAAGGAAUGCGUCAGAGAUGAAAUUGUGACCUUUCAGACCUCUAUCUACGCUACCAGCCGUAUGCAUCAAGACUGGAGUCAAGAGCGGGUCAAGUAUACGGAACUACAAGCGAGCAACUGGAGGGGUCUGGUCGAUCAGCUUGAAAGCAUGCCCGUGGGAGAAUGA